AUGUUCGCGAUAUUUCAGUGCACGUUCCUCUCGUGGCUGCUCUUACGCGUUUCAGAUUGUGCUCGUUCGACAGGCAACGUCGUCUAUCCAAGGCUUCUCGAGGCAAGAGGACUGGACGCUGACAAGGUUUUGUACAUUCAAGAUGACAUUGUUCUCAAUCUGCAAAAGACUUCAGUGCUCUCAGAAAGCUUUGUGUUUAGCAAUAACAAUAAUGGAAGAAGAGUCGACAAACUUAUGAACGGAAAGGAGCUUGAAGCAAACUUGUAUCACGAUCGAGCCCGAAUGGCGUCAGUUACUUUAGAAGAAAAGGAAGGCAGAGUUGAAGUGAAAGGAAUUGUUAGCGAGACGCUAAGAAUUGCCCCUCUUCCUCUAAGUGCCCGAUCAGAAGACGGUCAUAUUCCCCACGAAUUACUUCAACUGGAUCAACGUCACCAAGACCCACCAUCUUCGAUGACGGUGGUGCCGAAGAGACUUCAGCGCAAUAAUAUUUUUCAUGCAGAACUGAAAAUUGUGGUCGAUGAUAAUCACCGAAGUGCCUUCGGAUCCGAUCAAGAUUUAGUAGAAUAUUUAGCGACCUGUAUGAAACUGGUAAACAUUCGGUAUGAAGACACAUCAGAUCCAAUGGUCCAGUUCCUGCUAACCACAGUUGAAGUAGCGGAUCCUCGUUUUGAUGAGGUGUUCUUCAGCUAUGAUGUGGAAUGCCCAAGCCGUUCAACCAAAACUUACAUGGACCCAGUCAGGAUGAUUAACAAAACUGUAGAGUUGUAUGGAAACAGUAGCGAGGAUAUUACAGUUUUCGUCACAUCGUAA